UAUUGACAUGUCAUGGGAUAUAUUCACCGCAAAGUGAACGUACAAUCUGCCUUCUUCACCCUUAAAUGAAAUGAAAGGAAUGACGACCCUAUCAGAAUCACACGUAGGGAUUAUAAUAUAGAAAGCGAGAUCGAUAAAUGGUCUACGGACAGAUGAAAUGCACUGGAUUGGCGUGAUGGUUCGGUGAGGCUGGAAAAUCGUUAGGAGACUCGUCACUGGAAGGUUUACUGAAUGAACCACUAGCAGGGCUGAGAGCGACAUGCCUAUGUAAAUAGCUCGUUACGUACACGCAGUUCUGUGUGUAAUCCAACAGAAGCUUUCUCUGCAGGUGCCAUUACUCGUAAUUACGGCGUAUUUCACUUUUGGUACAGAUUCUGGGCCGGAUUCAGAGCGAGGCUGAAGAGAGCGAACCAAAAUGGCGACACCACAGCGCGACUGGCUUGUCGUUUAUGUGCUAUUUUCUGUAAUUGCCAGCCGAUUUAUCCUAUGUGUUACACCGGAAAAGCCAGAUUUAGAAAGGGUAAAAGAAUGGUCAGUAGCCCUCAGUAACUUUUGGAAUACCCAUGUUUCUACACUCACAGGAAUAGAUGCAGUUGAACGGAAAUAUGAAUUUCCCCGAUCACCGGAAAGUGGGGCUGUUGAUAUUCAAGCAACUUUUUCCAAGGUGGAACCUGCCGCACUUGUCAGUAAUAUGUCCCAGAAACUGAAAGCCAUGUUGGAAACGAAGAUGGAUGCACUACAGAACUCUGUGAACAAAGCAGAAGACGCAGCUGCCAACCACGUGUGGGACUCCUCCCUUAAUAAAGAAGAGGUCAAAUAUAAAAAUGCAAAGGACAUGAUGAACGAGCCUUUAGCAUACACUGAGAGGUUCGAACAGAAGGUCAAUUUCUCUUUUUCCAGUGUGCACAUUCCUGUGGAAAUAUAUGAUGGAGACCUGGAGAUCCUCAAUGGACUCAACUGGACAUCCCAGCUGGACAAGGUGUUUGAGGAGAACUAUAAGAAGGACCCUGAUAUACUGUGGCAGUACUUUGGUAGCCAGGCCGGCUUCAUGAGAACAUAUCCUGGGGCUGCGUGGAAGAAUCGUGGACCAGUUGAUCUCUAUGAUGUCAGAAGACAGUCAUGGUAUACUCAAGGAUCCAGUUCUCCUAAGGACAUGAUGAUCCUCAUUGAUAAGAGCGGGAGUACUCAUGGCCAGGCACUGCAGCUGAUGAAGGUGGCAGUCAAGUCCAUCCUCGACACCCUGGGAGAAAAUGACUUUGUCAACAUUGCUGCAUUUUCCUCAGAUGCACAGUUUGUCAGUCCAUGCUUCAACCAUACGCCAUUUGUACAGGCCACUUACCGCAAUAAGCAGAAAUUGUCAAAUGACGUCAAUGAUUUGUCUGCCAAUGGAAUGGCUAACUUCGAAGUAGGACUAAAGUUUGCUUUUGAACAGUUUGAGAUAUUUGAACGAAAUGAGACAAACCCUGACCCUGACCAACAAAGUGGAGCUUCCUGUAACAAAGUGAUCAUGUUGUUGACGGAUGGAGGCACGGACAAUGCCGAGGAAGUAUUCAAGGAAUACAACUGGCCAAAUAAAACUGUGAGAGUCUUCACGUAUGCCGUGGGCCCCACAGCCAACCCCACCAAUGCCAUUAAAUGGAUGGCAUGUGCCAACAGAGGUUACUUCUCACAGAUCCCUGCCAUGGGAGCCAUCAGAACCCGAGUCCAGGAUUAUGUGGGAGUGCUGGCUCGCCCGCUUGCUCUCAAUUAUGUAGAACACAUCAUGUGGAGUAGCACCCACACUAACCCCUUCUUCAACGCCAGCAAUGCGGAGUACAUACCUGUUCUAAGCCGACCACAGGUGCUGCAGAACGUCAAACGCUUUGUGUGGGGUAGCAUUUACUACGAUCAUCUGGGUCUGGGGAUGAUGACGACAGUUACACUGCCGGUCUACAACAGAACAACAGGAUCUUCAAACCAGACAAUCCUUGGAGUCAUGGGUAUUGACGUGACAACAGCUGAUAUGGUGAAGAAAAGCCCCACUCAAAAGCUUGGACACAACGGCUACUCUUUCGCAAUCAACCCUAAUGGUUAUAUCAUCUUUCACCCCCACCUAAAACCAACAAAAUACAUGCGUGACCCUCCAAAUAUUGAUCUUUUAGAGAUUGAAGUAGAAAAUGACCAGAAAAAUCAGCUCCGAACAAAUAUGAUCAAAGGGCAGACUGGAAGCAUGGAAAUUGACACAUUCAUCUUGUCGUCUGACAUGAAAUAUGUACAUUUUGAUAAAGUGAGAUAUUCUUUCACGCCAAUUGAAGGGACCUCAUUCAGUCUUGGUGUGAGCCUGCCGUCAUAUCAAACUUAUUACCCAGACUUUGCUGCUAAUAUUGCCCAGUUUGAUCAUUCAGUGUUCAAAUCUGAAAAUUGGGCCAUGCUUAUAGCACCAUGGGACUAUUACACUGAUAUGAGCAAAAGCAAUCAUUCUGGGACGACUGAAGACAUUCUUGAAAUGCUGAAAGUUGGUACGAAGUGGGAUGAAGAACUGUUAAAUCACCUAUACUGGGAUGCGGUGAUUGCGAAGUCUGUGGAAACAUACUUCAUCAUUGUACAAAACAACUAUGUUGCAAACGCGACCAGUGGACCCUACAGUGACACUGAGGGCCAUAUUUUCACUUUCUUGAGCUCAAAUGGAGGAUUAACAAGGGUCUUCCCAAAGAAUGCGAGUUCUUCCUUCAUGAACCAGCGGGACCCAAAGACAUCGCACUACUACAAACGAAUUCUGUCAUCAGAUAAAAAUGUUUUCUUUAUUGAACCAUUCUCAAAAUCGGUUCAGGAUGGAAAUGAUACCAUCCCCCCUGAUGUGACAGUUGGAAAAGCUUUUGCUGUCAAGAAUAAUUCCAAUGGAAAAACAGCUUACAAGCCUGGAGUUAUGGGAGCACAGUUUAUGUACAGCAGAGUUAUUAAGAGCCUUCACGAUUUUACAAAAGGGGACAACUAUUAUGACUGUGAGGAUGUAAACUUUUUAAAUUGUUACCUGGUGGAUGAAGGGGGUUUUCUCAUUGCAUCCAAUCAAGAGGAUCAUAACAUGCAGAUUGGUCAGUUUCUGGGUAAAGUGGACCCUCCUGUGAUGACCAAGCUUUUUAAUGCCUCAAUUUAUAACAGGAUUAAGCAUUAUGACUACCAAGUCACACAUGAUUGCACAUCGGAUGAAAAAGAAACUAGUGCUGGCUUCUCUUCGUUUAGAAUUCCCUCCAUCAACUUGCUAUACGAUGCUCUCACACUGAACUGGUGGACAAGUAAAUUUUUCUGGGCAUAUUUGAAUUUCAACUUCUGGAACUCAUGGUUCUCGCCUCAAGAAACAUAUGCAAAUGACGAGAGCUUGACAGGAAGUGCCGAGACAUGUGUUGAGGUCAUGUAUCAGUACUACUUCGGCACCAACAAGACCAUGACUGACACUGCGGAAUGUGGUAACUGUACCAGGACAAUCUUAGCCUCCCGGAUGGAUAUGCACACAAACCUGUUGCUGGUGGUGACAGACCCAAUCUGCUCCGAGUGCAACUCUGCCUUCAAUGAAAUGCCGCAGGCACCAGUCCAAGUCAGUGAUGAAGAGGAAAAGGAGGUGAUUUGUGACAUGGCAAGAACCCCACGGUACAGAAAGCCGGUACAGGGAUGCUAUAGCAAGGACCCAAGGGAGGAUGCAACGAAGUGUGGUUGCAUGUCAAGCACAACAGCGUCAGUGUUCAACAUUCUGCUGUCUAUAGCGGUCAUCUUGUUCAGUGUCCCCUACCUUACUCAGACACACAGCUGACCAGCAGGUCCUACAUAGGACACUGCACUUGACCAUACUUGAAUAAUCUUGAUACCAAAUGCCCUGUUGAAAACACUUUUUAUACAAAACUAUUUUCCUUGCACCAUGAAUGGUCUGUGAGAGUCGUACCUGUAAAUAAAUGUCCUUGGACAAUGUUGAUAGUGCUCAUGUGUUAAUGCUGAUUAUUUCAACGUGGACAUUUUACAAAUCAUCUCUGAAAAAAAAAAAAAGAAUUUUCUUUUUGCACUCCAAAUUUAAAUCAAGAAUAUGACAAUGGAUGACACUAUCAAUAUUUUCUUAUGUGUUUUAUAUUGUUUUUUCAUUUAAAUAUAAUGUGCAAUUUAAUGUGAUCCGAAAUGUGUUUAUGGAACCAUUUUUUCCAGGAAGAACUGUUAUCUAAGUUACACAAAAUAUGUUUUUCGAAGAUUAAAAAUAUAGUGUAAAUUUGUAAAAAUGUGUAUAUAUGUGAAAAUAAAUUAUAAUGACGAUAUAGAAUAUCCAUAUAUCAGAGUAAAUUAUGAAGUUACAUGCAAAGAAGAUAACAAGUUAUAAAAGAUUCUAGUCAACUCAUGUAACCAUGGUGAUGAUAUUUGUGACAGGGAUGAAUUUUGUGAUAUAUAUCUACUGCUUGUACAGUGUGAAUAUUCAUUCCAACAUACAUGUAGUCUUAACAUCCUUGGUUUUGUCUUACUUCAUCUAUACCCUUGACUUCCCAUUGCAUGAAUUAUGUUAACUUGCGCAUAAUUGUCUGUAAUAACUGGCGUAUACUCUUUGACAUGUGUUGUAUUAUUUCCAAUUAGUUUUUCUUCCAGUUGGCUCAGGCAUUGGUGCUAAAUACAAGCUUGAGGUAUAGAGAUCAACCAUUUUGCCAAAGUCUCUCGUUCAUGGAAUUUUGUUUCUGAAUUUUCUUGGAACCGUUUAGGAUAACAUCAUGAUUUAUGGUACUGAUUUGGUAAUGAGAUUAGGGUAUUUAAAUAAGGCAAUGCAGCAUAUUGGUAAUGAUUGUUUUACAUAAUUUCUUUAUUAUCUUUUUGUAUUUUAAUUAAAAAUUUAAAAUGAGUUUGUUAGAAGAGCUGAAAUGUGUAAGUGCUGUGGUUAAUUAUCCAUAAGGUGGAACAUUCCAGUGUACAGAAUAUUAGCCGACAUGCUUUUCCUUCACAAUAUCUAGAACAGGGUUACCUGAAACUUUCGGAUACUUACUGUCCUAAACAGUGAGUGGAAACCAUCUUCAAUGGUGUGAUCUUCAUGUAGUUUAGAUUUUAAAUAAAAGUGGAUUUAAUGACCAGUUAAGCAAAUUUUUACAGAUCCCCUUAGAUAUGAAAAAUGUCAUCAAACAGAAAUGCAGUUCUCCAUUGUUUAAACUGUAUUUAAUCUUGCUAUUUUAAGAAAGGUGUUUUUCUUGCAAUGAUGUGUAUGUUUAAGGAAAUCUUUUCAAAUAUAACAACAAAAACACCUAUGCACCACCCUAAUUGAUAUUGAAACCAAAUAAUAUAGCAAUCCAAAGCCUUCAAACUACUAAGUUUUGCUUCUUCCAUUAUUGGGUUCGUGUAGUUGGUUGAAGAUCAAUGCAACAUGAUGAAGGGGCAUGGAUGGAGAGAUCGAAGGCAAAUAUUGUUCUUUGUUUAGCUUGUGAUUCUGAUCAAGUAUAAUUCUAUGAACAGAGGUUUUGACACUGAACAAGAGAUUUGGCAUGAUAUGGUAGUUGUCCAUGCUCCUGUGGGUAUGUUCAGGGGAUAGGCUAGGUCAAAUUGGCAGUCCUACAAAGUUUGUCAAAAGUUGUAAUAACACCUUUUGUUUUUCUGAUAAUGCCAAUUUGUGAUGUGUACACAUGGACAAAUGUUAAACACCGCUUUCAUGUAUCCUGAACUUAAUGUAUCUUUUGAAAAUAUUGACAUGUGCUUGGCCUCAUCUUGAUACAUGAUGACGAUAGCACCGAUACCUGAUGAAAAGUUGGUAUGGGAACACUGUAUGUUCCUCCACAUUGUCACAUUAGACGAUGCAAGAAACAGAGGAAGCACUGAAAAGGGUAGUCAAAUAAUUAUUCCACAGAAAACUGAUUUUGGUUUCUUUAUUUCAAUAUGAGUAUGUCAUUUCGUGAACAAAAAUAAAUCAUUUCAUCUGAAUAUUAAUUGUGGGUACAAUUGCUGUUUUGUGCGGAAAUAUUAUUUUGCAGGUGUAGGCCUAUCUGUUUCAGUGUAGCAGUUAGCAUAUGCCCUGACAUGAGGACAGUACUUGAAGGGGGCUGAUUGCAAAUGGGAGGACCUAGGCUUAAAAUAGGCUCCAGUCUGUCCUUAACCUCAGAGGUGAAUGUAGGAUUGUUGAUUGGCUGUAGAGAAGCCUGAUCUCUCAGAGAAUGAAAAUAUAUGGAAAUGAAGUUACUUUUUUUAAAGGGAUGAAGAGCAAUAAAAGUGUAAUCGGAUUAGCUUUGCUUUUUUAAGGAAUGUCGAUUUCAUUUCUUUAUCAUCUACCACUGAAUCGUCAUGCCAUGUGAUUUUACUAUUAAUUUUUAUCACCACUUCAUUUUAGAAGUUUUGUACCUGAUACAGUGUGCGAUGUUCAUCCAUGAUUUGUUUGUAAAUAACUGCAUGUUUGUGAUUGAGAUUUGUUGAACAAGUACAACUUGAGUGAGUGAGUGUUUGCUUCCACCGGAAUUGUACAGUUUUAUAGGUCAUUUAUGCAUGGUUGUUGAUGGUUUGUUAUAGCCCAUGAUCUCCUUGAACAGUUUACAAGUAUAUCAGCUGUUGUCUAGCUCAUCCGCUGACUUAGCAACCCACCAUUUAAUAUGCUGGAAGUGGCCUGGGGUUUGUAAGAGACAGGACCUUUUUUGGUCAAAGCUUCAAACCUCCCACUUUUUUUCAGGACAUCAGCAUGUCCAGAAAUCAGUAUUUUAUGUCAACACUCAGGAAUUUUUUCUGUUUUUUUUCUGUAACAAAUAUUUAAAAGAAAAAGAAGUCUUAGAAUAUAAAAUUGUCGGCCCUUUUCGAGCAAAAGAAGGAUAUAUGGUUGACAUUAAGUAUGUUGCACUAUACUUUAUGUGUAUUAUGUCAUAACUAAUACAAUUUAAAGGCAGGACAAAACAGACACGAGCGAAGACACAUUUAUCAGAAAAUACAAAGGGCUAGGCUCAAUUUUUUCUGGUUUUACAGAUUAGAUUAGCUUGCAUUCAAUAUUUCAUUAGUAAACAAAAGAAUUGAAAUGCUUUGAUGCAUUGAACAUUUACUUACUUUAGUGUUGUCUUGAGAAUGCUCUCUAGAAAAAAAAAUCAAUUUGUUUUCUUCAGCAACCUUAAAUCGACCAUGAUAGUCUUUAGUACUGACACAAAUGUUGUGCUAGAGUGUUUGCUGACCUGAGGUUCCUCUGCACACCAGAAUACACACUGUUUUACUCAAUCUUAAAAUACAAUUGUUCAUGGCCCAGUUUGACAAAAAUGAGAUCAUGGGGUAGCUGGUUGCACAGAACUGAACAGCACACCCAGAUGUUGUGAUCCUGUUGGUCCUAUGGAGGAGAGUGUUUGUGGUUGGUCAUCCAGUAGGGUAGACAUCCUUCAUGGAAUGCCUGUGUGUUGUGUGUUUCACUGUGUGCAGUGGCAAUGCAUUGGGUAUAUAAUCGGUCCACUGUCUGUUCAAUAUUGUUUAUCACAAUCCAGACCACAUGAAAUGAUUGUUUUAUUAUGUUUGUAGUCACGUGACCAAAGUGUACAUAGUAAUUGCCUCUAGUUGCCGUUGUUGUCUGUCUUACCACUGAGCUUGGUGAGAGGGAUUAGGAGCAUAGCAGAGAAAAGCGUUAUAGUGUAUUGCUAGUUAGGAUAAGGUUCAUAAGGCCAGCCUUUCUCUCUUUUGGUUUACAAAUUUUUGGUCCCCAAAAGUUUCAAUUUCAAAUAUAUAUAUUUAUUUACUCAAAAUUUUAAGUAGGUUUAAAAAAAAUGGGGGCUGGAGGAAAACAGAUUCUUCAUAAUUUGUAAUGUUUUGAAGUUUUUAAGACACAUUUUCAACAGGCUUUAGUUUUAGUAUAUAUUAGAUGAGUUUUUAUAUUGAUAGUGACAGUAAGUUAAGUUAUUUAUGACAUUUUAAGUAUUUCUAAUUGACGGAAUAAUAAAAUGAUGCAUUUAUUUUUAUUUUGUUUCACAUUGUAAUGUUUUGGAGGAUUCAUAGACGGAUUUGUAGACCAAGUUUUAAAAACGUCUGGCCUAAUAGUCUCAGGUGUUGUGAAAUAGAGGAGUUGAUAUAUUUUACAGUUUAAGGUUCUGAUACACUCUGUAGUAUGUGGUCCUGACAUACAUGUUACAGUCUGAGGUUUCUGAUAUCACACGUGUGUCAUGACAACUUCCCCACGGAAAAUUUGCUCCAGUAAAAGUGACCCCCAAAACUGAACAUGUUUCAUUACAAGGGUCCUGAUAUGGUACAUAUUACAGUAAAACAGUCCGGAUAUGAUACAUUUAUUGAUGCACUGAAACUGAUUUUGCUAUCACUGGAACACUGUUAGACCAUUCAGAAUAUAUUUUCACCAAUCACACUUGCUACAAAAAUUAACCACAAGCUAGAACAGGAUCCUGACUGUAAUCAGUGUAUCAGAUGCCAACUGUGUUUCACAACAACCCUGCCAUGUUCUGGUUACACUUAGAGGACAGUGGUUUAGAUAGUUCCUAUAUGUAUAGGUGACGUGUUUAGCUUCAAGACACAUCCACCAAUCCUACCGCUAGCUGUAUGUGAUCUGUACGAGUUGUAGUUAUGUUGUGGUGAUCGGUAUGAAUGAAUAUCUCUGUCCUGUGGUAGAUCACAACCUAUUUUCUAAAUUUUGGUUAUAGAUGUUUUAUUCAAACUUAAAGUCAAAAGUCAAAAUAAUAUUGUGAAAUUGUGUUAAAAAUGACCUCUUAUUAUUAAUAAUUUGGCCAUAGAGUAAAUGACAUUGUAUUCCCGAAUUCUUCUUGAUUUGGUCUUAAAUCAUUAUCUUAAGAACAAUCUGUUUGAGAAAAAAUUGGCUGUUAUAAAAUGAUUGAGAAAUUUUCAGUCCGUGAAUCUGUAAACUGAAUAUUAUAAUUGAAACACCUGAUAUCCACAUCUUGAGUUGGAAUUGUUUAACAAUAUGGGGAGUCCAUAAACCUGAGAUUGUGUGAACUACCAACCUGAUGCAGCAUAUUCAAAUUAUUAAUGGAGCCUGAUAUUCUUGUUUGAGUUUGUGUCGGCCAUUUCCUUGCCACAAGUUGGUCAUAACAUUCGCUCUGUGUUUACAUCUAGAAUCAAGUUAUUUGAGAAAAAUAUUGUUAUAUUCGGAGUAAAGGUAAACAAAUGUAAUACUGGGUCGUCUGAGUCCAGAUAGCAUGGAUAUGCACAAAUUGUAAUGAUAUGCGUUUGUUCAUACCGGUAUAUUAUUCAAGGAAUAAUGAUAUGCAAAUUGCAAUCUCUCAUUAUGAAGUUUUCAUAUUUUUUGCUUUAAUGAAGUUCAUGAUUCCACGAAAUCAAGUAAAUUACUGAUGUUGCAUGAUGUUGAUAAUACCAUAUUCAUGAUGAUAUGCUUCUGUUAUCAAAGCAAAAGUUUUCAUAAAUUUUUUUUCUCUGUUGAUGGUCUCUGUUAUAAUGCUCUGAGAUGAGAAAGUGAGAUGCCUCACUUUUGAGGUCCCACUAUGUAUGUAAAUUAUCUAUGUUAACACAACAUCUUGUAUCUAUAGAAGGUUUCGUGUUUGCGUACAAGUAAAAAUCAUUAAACAACAUCAGUGUUGUCCAAAAUGUAACCUUAUGCUUGGUGCAGUGAUGGAUAGAUCAACUAUAAUCAUUAUCUCAAAGCAAAAAAAGCAAUAAAAAUGGGGAAACUGUUAUGUAUUCUGAUUUGGUAGAGAGCGAAAUGUUUUCGUUUGACAAAAACCUCUUUGUGAUAAACCCAUGUUGUGAGAUAAUGCAGUGAAAGGAUCUUGAUGCUGUAGUUAUUUAUUAUUCAGUCUCUGAAGGAUUCUGUAAUUCUGAAUAUACUUGCCGAAGUUUCACUUUUCUUUGCAGAAAUUGCUGAAUAUGCCUUUUUGUUUGAUUGAUACAAUAGUACUGCUUUCAAUGGUAUUAUUGUUCAAUAACUAUGAAAUAUUGAGAAGAUUGCAUGAGUAGUUUCAUUUCACUCAAAUGGAAAAGACAAAUCUAUAUCUUGCGUAAUUUUUAAAAGAAAUUUGGAACUUCUGCUGUAUUUUUUGCAAGGGAAUUUGAAGAAUGUUGUCACUGAAUGCUUCAGAGGCUGAAUAUCCACAUAUAUUGACUGUUAAAUCCUGUUGUUAUGAUCACUAGGCUGUGAGAGAUUGUGUGUUGACUAUUGUGUUGUUCAUUGAGGUUUAACUGAAUAGUUGUUUUGGAGCAAAUAUAUUUUCUUCCCACAAAUGUGAUGUAUGUGUGAUAUUUAUUUGAGUUUUUAAGAAGUCUGUAGUUAAGGAAGAGGCACUGUGUUCUAACUUCAUUGCCAUUUUAUUUAUUUUGCUCAAUGUAUUUCAUUUCGAUACCAAUAGUAAUUUAUUUCUUACAUACUGAGAUUGGUUUGUAGGGUUUGUUGAUACCAGAAGCCUUUUCUUGAUGUGUUGGACCCUCACAGGUCAGGUCAGUUUUUUGCCCUUAACCAGUUGGUGGUAGUCCUGUUUGUUACCCAUGCACCAACACAACUCACCAACAUUUACUUGGCGUGGGGUUUUGUUGUUCACACAUAAACUGGUUCAUGUCUGUACGAGAAUGAUACCCUUUUUGUACAUAGAGAACUUGAAACUUGUUUGUUGCCCUAUUGUAGUUAUGGGAAUUGGAAUCAGAAAAAGAUUAACAUUUUGACAUUUAUAUAUAUACUUGUGUAUAUAAGUAGGGAUACUGCAAGGAGAUUGGGCAGUUCAUCCCUCCUUUUCUUUUCAUGUAUAUGAUAUAAUGUACUAAAUAAUAUGUUAAAUGGCAUAACUGUCACUUUUGAAAGCUGUGUGAUGGUGAAGAAGGAUGCUAUUACCAAGAAAUAUUUCUGAAAUACUGUCCAGCAGUAUUUUUAUAAGUAUUUGAAAUAUCGUAAGGCUGAUGCUUUUUUAAGAUAGAUUAUAAUAUGGAUUGAUAUUUAUGUCCACAUCUUGACAAUCUGUUGUGGUUUAUGAACCAGUCUAUGUGUAAGGUUUCCAGUGAUUAUGAGUUGUUCCUCAGAGAUGACAGAAGGCCGAGAAGAUGGCUUUAAGGGACAUAAUUCGUACAUCAUGAAGUUUAUAUCUGUGUUAUGCUGCUCACAAUAAAGUUAUUUUAUACCUCUUUA